ACCGUAGUGUUGGGUUGUUGGCGAACUUCCGUCAGAGGAGGAAGAGUUAAAAGGGAAUAGAUCACAGUUCAGUGGAAUAAAUAAAGAGUGGCUGACGUUGACUUGAUGGUCUGGCUCCGCGUUUGUAAUUUUAUUAAUAUCACAGUUAGGCGAACCCGGACAACUCGGUUACACUCAGGUGUUUGGUCUGCGUUUCAGAGGCAAAAUCUGCGUUGCAUCAUGGUGGACUCCCAGUAUUACCUACCCAAUGACAUUGGGAUCUCGCCGCUGGACUGCGCUGAAGCCUUUCGGCAGCUGACACCCAAGGAGCAGCUGUACGCUCACUACCUCUCCCGAGCGGCUUGGUACGGUGGCCUUGUGGUGCUGCAGCAGACGUCGCCAGAGUCUGCCUCCAUCUACGUGUUGCUCCAGAAACUGUUCCGCCGGCAGCCACCUGCGCAGCUGGAGGGUGUGGCGACCGCCGCUGGAUUGAGCCCCGAGGAGUACCAGGCCUUCCUGGUUUAUGCUGCCGGGCUUUAUGCCAACAUGGGAAACUACAAGUCAUUUGGUGACACCAAGUUCAUUCCCAACCUCCCAAAGGAGAAGGUGAAAGCUCUGGUGUGGCAGAGUCAGGCCUUCCAGGAGAACCGCACAGAGAUGGAGGCCCUGUGGAACAGCUGUGCCCACCUCAUGUACUCCCUGGAGGACAAACAGAAACAGCUGGGCCUGGGGGACAAGGGAAUCACCACCUACUUCUCAGGAAACUGCUGUUUGGAAGAUGCCGAACUGGCCCAGAAAUUCCUGGACUCUAAGAACCUGAGUGCCUACAACACCCGCCUGUUUAAGGAGGGCGCAGCCGAGGGGAAGAGGUGCUACCAGGUGCGCCUGGCUUCUGCCGAAAAGAAAGACAGCCCGGUGGAUGGCGAGGGGGAGACCAGGUGUGGCAGGUACGAGUUCGGGGACGCCGUGUUCGUGGUUCAGCGGGGCGACUACGCUCCCCUCAUGAAGAAAGUCAGCGAUAAUUUGGAGAAGGCCAGGGCGCACGCAGCCAAUGACAGCCAGAAGCGGAUGCUGGAGGAGUACGCCCGCAGCUUCACCUACGGCUCGGUGGACGCGCAUAAGGAGGGCUCCCGCUACUGGAUCAAAGACAAAGGGCCCAUAGUGGAGAGCUACAUCGGCUUCAUUGAGAGCUACAGGGACCCAUUCGGCUCCCGGGGGGAGUUUGAAGGGUUCGUUGCGGUGGUGAAUAAGGGCAUGAGCGCUCGCUUCGCCUCGCUGGUCAGCUCUGCCGAGGUCCUCCUCCCCGAGCUGCCCUGGCCGCCUGCCUUCGAGAAGGACAUCUUCCUGCGGCCCGACUUCACCUCGCUCGACGUGCUCACCUUCGCCGGCAGCGGCAUCCCCGCCGGCAUCAACAUCCCAAACUACGAUGAUAUCCGCCAGACGGAGGGCUUCAAGAACGUGUCCUUGGGGAACGUCCUGGCUGUUGCCUAUGCCACACAGAAGGACAAACUCACCUUCCUGGAGGAAAAUGACAAGGACUUGUACAUUAAGUGGAAGGGUCCAUCUUUCGAGGUGCAGGUGGGGCUUCACGAGCUGCUGGGUCAUGGCAGUGGUAAGCUCUUUGUCCAGGAUGAGAAGGGGAACUUCAACUUUGAGCGGGAAAGUGUUCGCAAUCCCGAGACUGGAGAGCUGAUCUCCACCUGGUACAAAGGCAGCGAGACGUGGGACAGCAAGUUCUCCACCAUCGCCUCCUCCUACGAGGAGUGCCGGGCGGAGUGCGUGGGGCUCUACCUGUGUCUGAUCCAGGAGGUGCUCAGUAUCUUUGGGCACGAGGGCACAGAUGCGGAGGAGGUGGUGUACGUGAACUGGCUGACCAUGGUACGUGCCGGCCUGCUGGGCCUGGAGUUCUACACACCCAAGAGCAAGAGCUGGAGGCAGGCGCACAUGCAGGCCCGUUUCGUGAUCCUGAGGGUGCUGCUGGAGGCGGGCGAGGGCCUGGUCACCCUGCAGGAGACGACGGGGGCAGACGGACAACCUGACGCCCUCAUUACUCUGGACAGGAGCAAGAUCCACACUGUGGGCAAGGACGCCAUCAAGAGGUUCCUCUGCAAACUGCAGGUGCACAAAUCGACGGCAGACGUAGAGGGUGGCAGAGCUCUGUACGAGGGCUACUCUGAGGUCACCUCCACGGGGUCACAUGACUUCCUGCGCCUGCGGGAGACGGUCCUGCUGCGCAAGGAGGCUCGAAAAAUGUUUGUCCAGGCCAACACCCGGGUCAAAGGUGAGAGCGUGGAGCUGGUGGAGUACGAGGGCAGUGCUGGGGGGCUCAUCAGUUCCUUCACUGAGAGGUUCCCAGAGGAUGCGGAGGAAGUGGAGGCUCAGCUACUGGAGCUCAGCAAGCGGGACGCCCCCUGCUGGUGCUGAGGGUGCACAACAAUGCCACACUAUGAAAAUAAAGCACUUACACCUUACCCCACAGGACGCACACAUGCACAACACACACUUAUGUUGCCACACACGGAAAUGAACCACAUAAACAAACAAAAAUGCCAUCUUGGACUACACCUUCCUUCAACUGCCCUCACACGUUACAUUAAUUGGUCAUGAGUUCAUUCAUACAGUGCCCUGCUCAGGUGUACAUGACAUCAGCCAAUCACCAGCUCUCGCUCCACUCCCAGAGGGAAUAUGGAUCAGUGUUUGUGGACCUUCAGGCUGUGCGAGCUUCUUAAGAGCUGGGUCUUGUGGCCGACUGGUCUGUGCGCACGCCUGUUCUGUCAGUUUAAACCUGCGUGUCUCCUCAAAGUUCCAGCUUGUCCUGCACUUCUGUGAGGACAGACUUUUGGGGCCAGGGGCGUGGACUUGAUGUCUCACAGACAAAAUGUCCACUAUUGGAUCUUAAUUAAUUGCCAGAAACUUAACGCAAACCUAGUUUGCAUUGGGUCAUUAUGGCAACCUUGUAAAUGUGUAAUGUGUUAUAAUGUAGCUGUACUUUCGGUUACACAGUAGUUACUGUAUGGACGUCUCAUUUAAUUUAAUUAUAGGUGCUGCAUAUUAAACUGCUGGCAUACAUGUAAUUAAUUACAUUUAGAAUUCAGGGUUUUUCCUCCAAAUAUCACUAUAUAAGGUGUACUUAUAUGAAUGAAUGUAUCAUAUUAAGGUAUGGUGUUAGGCACAGACAAUGCUACUUUAGUGGGGCUUUUUAAAAAAAAACAAACUGCUAGUAGUAUUCGUUCAUUUUGCUGUAGCCAUCUCACAACUUCCACAGAUCCUCCCCUUGCAGUGCCAUGGUGUCACUGGACAUCCAGUGGGCAAACACGGUUUAUCAUAUAGAAUUAAGCCAUAUAACUGGAACAAAGACGCUUGUAAUUAUUUGGUGGAAUCCAUUCAGAAAUAUAUUUUGCUGUAUGUCUCCAUAUUUCCUUGUGUGGCAACCAAUCAGUUAAACACAUUUACAUGUAUGCUGUGGUAUACUUCCCACUGGAGCUAUUGAAAACCGUAUGUCAAUUUUUGAUUGUAAUGCAUAAUUGUGUUUUUGCUCAUGAUUGCAUUUUAUCUAAGAAGCUGAAAUCAGCUGGAUAGACCAGUGGGUCCUGUGUACCAGUGACCUGGAUGAGCACGAUGUUAAAAAGUCUUUGAUCAAAUGUAUACACAGACCAAAACUAGAAUAAAGUUGGGUUGAUUUUCCAAACA